AUGUCCGCCAUUAAGUGUCUCUCACGCGAUUUUCUGGUUGCCGCCGGCAUGUCCUGCGGUAAUGUUCGUCUUCCCUGGCCUGUCUACAGUUUCCUGAACGCUUGCGGUCUCUUUCGGCGCACGCAUGCGCGCACGAGACGUGGUGGCCGUGGCGGUGGCGCUACUAGACUGAUAGUGCGACAACGCUCUCUGCUAGGUCUUGUCAAUGCGCGCUCUCUUCUGAACAAGUGUGAACUGAUUUCUAAUCACUUAAUUGAUGCCCGUCUUGAUCUGCUGGCAGUGACUGAAACCUGGCUUAACAGCGACAUUGGUGACUCUACUAUAAAAGCGGCAUGUCCGGAUGGCUACACCGCUGUUCAGCUCCCUCGUCUGAAUCGAAAGGGUGGUGGUCUGGCUCUGAUCCAUAAAUCCUCUAUUGAGGCUAAACGACUUCCUGUGACCAUUCAUGAGGCCUAUGAGUGCAUGGAUCUGUUGCUUUGUUUUCGGUCGCAACGUGUUAGACUAUUGAUCAUCUAUAGACCGCCUUCCUCUCUACCUUCUCGUUUCUUUGAUGAAUUUUCUUUGACUAUGGAAGCUGUCUGCUCUACUCGUGAUAAGCUAGUCGUCGUUGGGGAUUUCAACUUUCAUGUUGAUCUGGUGGAAAACUCGGUGGCACAGUCAUUUCUCGGUCUCAUGGAGGCGUUUGGUCUUACGCAGUGUGUUGCUUCUCCCACCCAUAUCAAGGGUCAUACACUUGAUUUGGUUAGACAUUCUGUUAGCUCUGUGUUUUCAGUUCACAUUCUCUGUAUUCUUGCGGUUAAGAGAAAAAAGGAUAUUGUGUGUUUAGUUCCUGGUUGUAAAAAGCCCGGGCGUACUUCUUAUCAUGCCGGAAAUUUACGAGCUCAUUUGAAGGCAAAACACAGAGAGCAGUUUCAAUUAAUAGAACACUUAAAUAAUACCAAAGCUGAUUCCGAGAGUUCCGAAGAGAAUCGUGAUGUCACUUUCAACAAUUCGCUAGCAUCUGCCAGCAAUAGUCUUGAAGCCAAUGGUUCGUCUAACUCGUCAUUGCAGCCUCCUACGAAGAAGCGUCGGUUGUCAAUAGAAAUUACUGAAAGGCAAGUUGUAGACGCGUGUGUAGAGAUGGUAACUGUUAAUGGGAGACCCUUUAAAGCGCUUAGUGAUUCGGGCUUUCGAAAAAUUCUAGAUCCUAUCCUUAAGGGUUUUGGGGGAACUUUUACUAUUAGCCCAGAAAAUAUUCGCGACAAGGUGGAAGGAAAAGCUAAGGAAAUACGCGACAAGAUUAAAAAGGAUGUGACAAAUCGAUUUGUUUCUGUUAAAAUGGAUUGUGCGACUCGCUUGGACAGAGCUCUUUUAGGCAUAAAUCUCCAGUUUAACAAGAAAGGAAAAAUUCAGCUCUACACUCUAGCAAUCAUAGAGAUGAAACAAAGUCACACUGCUGUAAACUUUAAACAAAAUUUGCUGGACGUUUUCGGUGUUUUUGGGAUAAAGUUGUGGCAAGUGUAUAGUCUAACAACCGAUAACGGUGCCAAUAUGUUAAAAGCCAGUCGUAUUUUGGCUCAAACUGAUUCAGCAGAGAGUGACGAAGAAGAAGACAGUGAUUAUAAUGACCGCUUGCUUGAAGAAGAAUUAAUUCGUCGAAUGGAAGAGGGACAAAAUGUGAGCGAUGAAGGAGGAGAGGAGAGUGCGGAAUUGCAAAAUAUGUUGCAAGGUGUGCGCUGUGCUGCCCACACUCUUCAGCUCGCUAUUCUUGACGCAUUGGCUGAGCCUGGUAUAGCAGUUAUUGCCAAGGCAAGAGCUGUUUGCAAGACCUUAAGGAGUCAAACGUUUAUGGCAGCAAUAAGGCUGGCAGGUCAAAAGAAGCCAAUAAUCGACUGCCUCACUCGUUGGUGUUCAACAUGUUUGAUGUUAGAAAGGCUUAUUGAGUUGAAGGAAUUUAUUGCUGAACUGACAAAUGAGGGUAAAAACCAAAACCUUAAACUCACAGAACAGGAUUGGUCAAGAAUUGAAGAUAUUAUAAAAAUAUUAAAACCGGCUCGUAUCUUGACUACCGUUUUGCAAUCAGAGCAACUCACAAUCGGGGAUUUUUAUGGUUCGUGGCUCAAGUGUCAACUAGAAAUUUCUAAAUUCAACUCGAGUUUUGCUAAAAAUUUACUAAAGCACAUGAAAAAGAGGUUGGCAGUCCUUUUAACCAGCGAAGUUGUGUUGGCAGCUCUUUAUCUUGAUCCGAGGUUACCUCAACCGAACCUUCAGCCGAUUGAAACCGGGGCAGCUUUAGAGAAUGACGAGCUUCAAGAGAUGCUUUUGGAGAAAGAAGCAGAACGACGUGAGAGAAGCACUGCUAAUGAAAAUGAAUCCGUUAUUGAAAAAAUGAUUCACGAUUUCGUGAAAGACAAACUUGUUGACCGCUCAACUGAUGUUCUAAAAUACUGGGAGGACAAUCGCUUGUUGAAACAUCAGCUUUAUGUGUUGGCUAAGGUUGCCCUUGCAGUGCCUUGCACACAAGUGAGUGUUGAACGGCUGUUUUCCGACAAUUUUGUCUCACAUACAUGUGUUAGCUCCCUCAUAAGUGAUCACUAUGCUGUUCAAUGUUGUCUGGCCGUGCGCACACCUAGGUGGCCUAUCGGCCGUACGCUCUUUCGAUCGUUUAAGUCAAUUGAUAGUGAUCUCUUUGUUGCGGACCUGAUUGGUCUGGACUUGUUCACUGAUCCGGCUACUACUAUCGAUGGUCUCAUUGAUCAGUAUAACGUGGGUGUUAGUCAAGUGAUUGACAAGCACGCCCCAUUGAAAGAGAAACUGAUGGUCCUUCGCCCCGCUAAUCCCUGGAUGAGCGAUGAUGUGCGAGUUCUGAGGAGAGAGCUUCGGAAAAGAGAACGAAUAUGGAGGAUGAGGAGGCUAUACGUCGACUUUCAGACCUACCGGGAGACACAGAUGAAGUAUUCUCGUCGACUUAAGGCAGCGAAGAAGUUAUUCUACAGCAACAAAAUUUUGGAGUGUGGCAGUGACGCUAGGGCUCUCUAUCGUCUUGUCAACAACCUGAUGGGUAAAUCUGAUGUGCCCACAUUACCGAAACAAAAGCUUCCUGAUCGGAGUGUUGCGGAGGAGUUCAGUGUCUAUUUCUCCACCAAGAUAGCGGAUAUCCGCUCAUCCCUUGACUCUUUGGCCAAAUCUAGGAAUUCUGACAGUGCCGUUGAAGAGGAGUCCUUUCUUUCGCUCUAUGGCGAAAGUUGUUGUUUGGAUAGGCUAUUGCCGGUAACAGCUGAGUUUGUGAUAAAUCUCAUUCUGUCUUCACCUGCAAAGUCCUGCUGCCUAGACCCACUUCCUACUCCUUUGCUAAAGAAGUUUCAUGCUGUCAUCACGCCUCUUCUUAAGAAACCGUCACUGGAUCCCCAAGAUAUGGCCAGCUACCGCCCGGUGUCUGGCCUUUCAUUCCUCUCGAAGCUUAUUGAACGUGUAGUUCUUUUUCGCCUCUCAUCGCAUGUCGCGGAAUUCAAUCUGCUGUCUCCUAGUCAAUCUGCGUAUCGGAUGAACUACUCGACUGAGACUUCCCUGCUUUCCAUCCAGAACGACCUACUCGUCGCUGCGGAUGCUGGUUUGGGUAGUGCGCUCCUCCUCUUGGAUCUCAGCGCCGCAUUCGACACGGUUGACCACCGUAUUCUGAUUGAGAGGAUGGCUACAGCUUUCGGUGUCUCUGGAUCUGCCUUAAACUGGUUCCGGUCCUACCUCUUUGGCAGAACCCAAUCGGUGAAGGCGCUUGGAGUUACAUCAUUCCCGGUACCUCUUCCGUUUGGCGUUCCGCAAGGAUCUGUUCUGGGUCCAUGUCUUUUUAACAUCUACACCAGUCCGGUUCCCGCCAUUGCUGCUGUCCACGGGGUUAAACUCAAGCAGUUUUCUGACGACACCCAAGGGUACGUCCACUUCCACCUUGAUUCUCAUCAUCAGAAUAUGGCUCUUGGAUCUCUCUCCGCCUGUUCUGCGGAUAUCGAGGACUGGUUUACCGCCAAUCGGGUGAAGCUUAACUUCGGAAAGAGUCUGCUACUUUAUACCAUUCCACCACGUAAAGCCUCGGCCAUUGUACUCUCUCCACUUGUUGUUGGUGACUCUGUUCUUCCCCCUUCUAAUCAAGCUCGCAAUUUGGGUGUAACUUUUGAUAGUGAACUCACAAUGGUCCCUCAUGUAAAUGGCAUUUGUAAAUGUGCUUUCUUCCAUCUCACCCUUAUUGGUCGGAUAAGGAAGUACCUUGAUACAAAAUCGGCCAAGUCCUUAGUUCAUGCUCUUGUGCUUAGUAGACUUGAUUAUGCAAAUUCUCUUUUGUUUGGCCUCCCGAAAACUCUGAUGGUGAAACUGCAGCGCGUUCAGAACGCUGCUGCUAGGCUAGUUGUCGGUGCGGGUAGAUAUGAUCGAGUUUCUGAUCAUAUCAAGAACCUUCAUUGGCUGCCGGUCGAGCAGCGGGUUGUUUUCAAGACGGCGGUUUUGACGUUUCGUUGCCUGAAUGAUUCUGCCCCAGUUUAUCUGUCUGAUUUGGUCAAAUUGUACAAGCCCACACGUGAUCUUAGGUCUGAUAAUUCCCGUACCAUUGUAUCCCCACCUUUUCGACUUGCGAAGUAUGGGGGGAGGUCCUUUACAUGUGCUGCCCCGUCCAUUUGGAAUGCGCUCCCUCUUUCAGUGAGAUCUGAGACUAACCAGCGACUAUUCAAGUCUCGUCUAAAGACUCACUUAUUUUCUCUGGCUUUUCUCCGCUGA